AUGCCCCCGUUUACAGCCACAUCCAUCUAUUAUUCCCUUUCCACAACUCGGCCAUCAACACAGCAAAGAGAUAAUCUUCCAGCGGUCUCACACAGAAACGAAAACACUUCCCUCUCUCCACCCGCCAAAGCAGGACUCAUCCUUGGACUUGUAGGAAUCACUGCGAUACUCAUUCUCAUCAUCACAAUGCGCAUCAAACAAAACUCAGGCCUCACCAUCCGCUCGCUCUUCUCGCGGCGCUCCAAGCAAGCGAAGAAUGAGAGGGCGCCGAAGCGGUGCUCAACCAGUGCCUCUGACCACAAUGACUCCGGAUCGACGCUGCGAACAGCCAGACCAAAAGCCCUCGACAAGGAACUCGAAAUCCUCGGGCUUCUUGUUGAUCCUCGCAAGGAACUCCCACCGACUCCGAUUCCGCAAAACUCGCACUCACAGCCACGACCUUCUUCCGCAUCCGCACGCAGGCCGAUGACAGCUACACCCCCUCCACACAACCUCUCCCUAUUCCCAGCCGUACAUACAUACCAAGACCCAGACUUCCAAGAGCAAGAACACGACGAGUCCACAACAUCAUCAAGCCAAACACACGAACCUCACCACCCUCCGUCCCCGCUCCUCCCUCCCACCCCAUCACUCUGGCUCCCACUCCAAACACAACGGGCACCACAACAACCAGCAGAGCCGGAUCUCAGCAUCCCAUCCAGUCCAGCCCUGAGUUAUCGAACCUUCGCCACGCGGUCAUCAGGGAUAUUCCCGUGGGGCACGGAGCCUCAUGCCGUAGAUGAUGGGAUCGCGUCGGAUACGUUGUUGGACGACCAGGUGCUUGUGCUGCCGUCGCCGCCCAGGUUUGCGCGUUCGUAUGGGUGGAGUGGGAUAUAA